ACCCACCAACCCUCUCUCUCCUCUCUCUCUCCUCAGUCCGUAGUACUAGGCUUUCGCAAAAUCAAACCCAAACCCUCAUUUCUCUCGGGACUGUCACGGAAAACCUCUGUCUCUCUCUCUCUCUCUCUCUCUCUCUCUCUAUCUCUCUCUGCGCGGAUAAAUCGAUGGAUUCCGAUCAGGGGAAACUAUUCAUCGGAGGAAUUUCAUGGGAGACCGACGAGGAAAAGCUCAAGGAGUAUUUCCAUGGCUACGGCGAAGUACUUCAGGCUGUUGUGAUGAGAGACAAAAUAUCUGGCAAGCCCAGAGGAUUCGGCUUCGUGGGUUUCUCAGAUCCGGACAUACUCGAUGGGGUUCUCGAGGAUAGGCAUGUUAUCGAUGGCCGGACGGUUGAAGCUAAAAGAGCUUUAUCUAGAGAGGAGCAACAGGUUACGAAAGUUGGAAAUCCUGGUGGUGGUGCUAGAAAUUUUGGAGGUGGUGGUGGAAGUACACGAACCAAGAAAAUAUUUGUUGGCGGUCUCCCACCAACUCUUAGCGAGGAUGGAUUUCGUCAGUAUUUCGACUCCUAUGGCGUGGUAACUGAUGUUGUAAUAAUGUACGAUCAGCAGACCAAUCGUCCUCGUGGAUUUGGGUUCAUUUCCUUCGAUUCCGAGGAUGCAGUAGAUAGGGUUUUACACAAGACCUUUCAUGAUUUAAGUGGUAAGCAAGUGGAAGUGAAGCGUGCUCUUCCUAAAGAUGCCAAUCCUGGUGGUGGGGGUGGGCGGUCUAUGGGCGGUGGUGGGGCGGGAUACGGUUCUUCUGCUGGUAACUCGAGCUCUUAUGAUGGUCGAAUGGAAUCCAAUAGGUACAUGCAGUCACAAAAUUCUGGUGGUGGGUUUCCAUCUUAUGGCUCGUCUGGUUAUGGUGGCGCUGGUUACGGUUAUGGUCCCACUAAUACAAACAUGGGUUAUGGCUAUGGAAACUAUGGUGGUGCUAACCCUGGUUAUGGCGGAGGAGCCUAUGGAAACCCUAAUGCUCCUAAUGCUGGAUAUGGUGGUCCUCCAAGUGCUCAAAGAAGUUCAUUGGGUUAUCAGGCGGCAUCUGGAUAUGGCUACGGAAGCUCGCAGUGGGGUGCUCCUAGUGGCGGCAUUGCCCCUGGUGGUGGUGGAGCCGCUAGCGGUCAAUCUCCGAGUGGUGCGUCUGGGUAUGGAAAUCAGGGCUAUGGUUAUGGCGGGUAUGGUGGGAGCGAUGGAGCUUAUGGUAACCAAGCCGCUGCAUAUGGUGCUGUUGGUGGUCGUGCUGGAAGUGGGCCAAAUGGUGGGGCUGUGGCGGGAGAUUUGCAAUCCGGUGGUGGUGGUGGUUAUGCGGGAGGGGGUGGUUAUGGUGACGGAGCUAAUUCUGGAUAUGGAAAUUCGGGGUGGCGAUCUGAUCCUUCGCAGGCUUCUGGUAACUAUGGCGGGGGCUAUGGGUGGAGCUUCAGCUCGACAGGCUCAGCAGUGAUUAUAUAUGUUGCAUCGAUCGACCUAUUUUUGUUUGUUUGGAGCUUUCGCAGUUCAACGUGCUCUCGUUUUCUGGUGCUGAACGGGGGCUGCUCAAAGAUGGUACCUGAGUUAUGGGACUGGUUGGAUUUCGCAUUAGUUUGAUAAAAUUAUAUUAAUUUGCCGUACCUUUUUUUUGUCUUUUUGGUAGCUCAAAUUCUGGAGUAGAGUUACUCGCCCCCACUCUUCUUUGAACUGUUAGCUUUAAUUCGGCUUGCUUAUAGCUUAGCUGUCUUUGAGUCUUAUCAUAUCGUUACGUCUUGAAAUAAGUAGUCUGUUCUAAAUUUGUGUGACUUUUAGCUGCUGGGAGCCUGAAAGUUAUUUUGAUAUACGAUAUGUGAAAUUACCGAUUAACCCUAACCCUUAUUUUCGCAGGUUUUUAUGUGAUGUAGAAAGCUGCAUGAUUAUUUUAUUUGACGACACUGAUUCAUUGUCCCUUCUGAAUUUAUACGAUGAAUACUGAAUGUGAGUUCUUGAAAUAGUAUAGCAAGUGAACUAGAGACUUGGUCGACUAUAUCGGAAGGGAUUUGGUUAAUACUUAUCUCGGGUAGUGCAGAUCUUAGUAGUAGUAUUAGUGUUAGUUAAAUACUCAUUUGUUGUGUAGAAGUUUAGCAUUAGCAGAAUGUGGUAGAUCGAAUCUGGUAGCGUAAGCGAUAAUCUUAGCGGUAGAUAGAUAAAAAUUUUGGCAAUGGAAUAAUCUUCUCCGUGUAUUUUGGCCUUGUGUUGUGUACAGGCUCGGAGAUUAUAGAGGUGGGCUUCGGCUGAGUUGAGUUGAUGUGACGAUUAUGCUUUACUCUUUGAAAAGCAGGACGGCCUCUACCGGCAGCUGUGUUGAACUUGGAAUUUCUCAAUCUUGAUAAAGAAGAAAGAGUUUUUUUUUUAUUACUUUGAAUCGAAGAAUUGAAAGCACAAACGUUGGUAUGUUGGUUUUGGAGGGCAGUUAGUUGAUAAUAGUAGUUCUCGUCAUAUUUUAGUGAAAUGGAUAUAGAAUUAGGCUCUUACGUUUCCGGACAAAUAUCGACGAAUUGUCGUACAGUACACGGUAAUCGUUGUCGGAAUAAAUAGGUGAUUCCUUCAAGGAGAACAAAACUGAUUUUUAGUUGCUUGUCAUUUAUUUUGUUGUGUUCUUUUUUCCUUCUUGUUUCUUUCUUUGAGGUGGAUAUAUUGCAAUUGUUUUUACCUUGUGAUUUCUGGUGA